AUGCUACGCACGCUCGCGCGAGGCGGCGCGGCGACGGUCGGCAUCGGCGGGACAGCCUUGGCGGCGUACGCCUACGGCGAUCCCGGAUUCGGCCGGCAAGUCUCGUUUUGGCGCGUCACUGGGCCGGCGGUGCUGAGCUACGCCGCCUGCUCUGCAAAGCACAAGAAGAGCGACGCUGACACGAAAGCGCGGGCCUUUGCUGCGCUGCACGACCACUAUUCGAAGGUCUCAUUGGACCUGAUCCUGGAGCUUCGAGGGCUGUACAUCAAAUUUGGGCAAGCGGCCGCUUCAAGCCCCUUCGUGCCUCAGGCGUACCGUACGCAGUUCAAGGUGCUGCAGAAUGACGUGCCGAGCGAGGAUUUCGCGGCCAUCAAGCAGGUGGUGGAGGAGGAGCUAGGUCCCCUCGACGAGCUCUUCGAAGAGUUCAGCGAGUCUGCGUGCGGUGCAGCUAGCAUUGGCCAGGCUCACGUCGCCAAGCUGCGGACAACAGGCGAGACAGUCGUCGUGAAGGUGCAGUACCCGUCCGCCGCUCGCAUAUUUUUGGCCGACGCGCAGUGCCUCCGCACGCUCAUUUCCCUAGCCAACCCGGAGGCGCUGCCCGCCUUUGAGGAGUUCGAGAAGCAGCUGGCCCUCGAGCUCGACUACCGCGCGGAACUCGCCAACCUGACCGCCAUCUUCGACGCCAUUAUGCCUACCUUUGCCGACCGCGUCGUCGUGCCGCGGGCGCACAGCACGCUCAGCACGGGCAGGGUGCUCACUUUAGAGUACCUGCCUGGGCCGAAGCUCGAGGGCGAGAUGCGGCGGCAGAUGGCCGCGCUGGGGAUGCGCGUCGACGAAUCUGAGUCGAUGCGCGACUGGAUCCAGCGCCUUGAGGCGCAGACGACGCAGCCGGCAACGGAGGCCGACGACGACGAACGAGAGCCGUGGCGCGCGUGGCUGGGGCGUGUCGGCGCGCGCGUGGUGGGCAUCGACGCGGCGCUGUGGGUAGUUGGCAAGGUGCUUGCCACGGGCGGCGCUGCUGGCGGCGCGGGCGGGCUGCGGAGUCAGGAGGAGCUGCGCACGUGCUUGCACUCGCUCGUCGAGGUCCACGGCUUCGAGAUCUUUGUGCACGGGCUCUUCAAUGCGGACCCUCACCCGGGGAAUCUCAUCGCGAUGGGCGAUGGGAAGGUCGGGCUGAUCGACUACGGUCAGUGCAAGCGUCUGGAGGAGGGGCCAAGACGAGCUAUUGCGGAGCUCAUGGUCAAGGUGGCCGACGACGCGCCGCACGCAGAGGUGGCGGCGGCGUUUCGCCGCGUGGGCGUGCGCACGGAGCAUGGAGGCGACGAGUUCCUCGGCAAAAUGGCGCGGCUGAUGUUUGGGCGCGUCUCGGUCGAAAUGCUCGAGCCCAAGUGGCACCGCGAUCUGCACAAGACCGACAAGAUGACGCAUUACCCGCCCGACCUGCUCAUGGUGCACCGCGUCGCCCUCAUCCUCCGCGGCCUCAGCGUCGCGUGCCGCGAAAACGUGUCGAUUGCCGAGCUUUGGCGUCCGCACGCCGCGGCCGCCUUGGACGCCGGGCCGGACUGA